CCGAGUUGAAAACUAAUUUCUUGCUUUUACUUUUACUGUUGUAAACACCGGCCCUUCUUCCCAUGCCGUAAACAAACCUGCCGAAAAUGAGUCGGGCCGAACUGGAGGGCGUUCGACAGACGGUCUGUACAUACCUGCGAAGGCGCAACUACACGGCCGUCGACGACGAAGUCUUUGAGGUUUGUGCAGAGGUGAGUGCCGACGAAAUGGUUGAUCGGGCCGAAUUGGCGGCCAGACUCAGUCAGGGUCACGUCCUAGCCGUGAACAACGCCCCACCCGACCUGGCAGCCUACGAUCAGCAGUUUUCCAGACUGAAAAACUGGAUUGGAAAAUUGUCAGACGAUCGAGCAAAAGUGGAGCUCGGCCAGUUGUUACCCUUGAUUUUGAGCCACAUGUACCUGGACUUGGUCGGUGCUGCUUUAGGAAACAGAGUCAAUGCUUACAAAUUUCUCAAAAGACACUACACAGGAAGUGUUUCAAAUAGUUCGUUGAUCGACGACCUUCUGGCCCUUGGGACCUGUGCUGAUCUCCUCAGUAGACCUUCAGUCGAACACUUCAGAAGUGAAAAGAGUGAAGUUCGACUGUCUUUGGAAACUCUUCACCAACUCAGAGCCUAUCUUGUUUCGUGCGAAUCAACACAACUUCUUCAGGUUAUUGCUCAGUGGAUUUGUCUGCCAGACCCCAUGGCAAGUGGAACGACCAUAGAGGUUGAUUCAGACAAUGAAGGAGAAAGCUCAAAUCUCAUUGGAGCCUCAGGCCCUCCAGAUCCUCCAGAAGAAGCAAAUGCAUCCAAAGACUUGGCCUCUGCGCUCAGAGCCCUCAAAGAGGCGCCAGUUCAACCCAUGCCAAUGCAAGCCUUUUUCAUUGCUAACUCUAAAACAAAUCCUAUUGCUUGUGCGUCAUUAAAUAAUGAUGCUUCCGUUUUGGCUGCUGGUCUUGAUAAUGGGCUCUGUGAGGUUUGGAGUUUGACUCCGGAUACUUUGGCAACUGGCCAUGCGCACCAGAGAUUAAUUGGCCACUGCGGCCCUUUGAGAGCCGUAGUUUGGUACUUGGACAAAGCAAUGCUUACUGCCUCGGUAGACCACACAAUCAGACUUUGGCCCAAUGAAACAUUACGAUGUUCUGCCAUCUACAGAGGUCACAAUGGUGUGGUUCACAGUCUCAGUAUUUGUCAGCGGAAUCUCUACUUUGGUAGCGCAUCGGACGACUUGACCCUGAAGUUGUGGUCACCCGAGUUCUGCCACCCCAUUCGUACCUACGCCGGACACUUGAAGGCGCCCACCACCUUGCAGUUUCACCAAAAUGGCCUCUACCUAGCCAGUGGGGCGCGUGACAGCACAAUUAGACUUUGGAAUGUGAGUGACGGCCGGACUGUCCGACUCCUCAGUGGACACGAAGGUGCUGUCAGAGCUGUGUCGUUCCACCCUGAUGGCCGAACUUUGGCUUCUGCAGGAGACGAUUCUCAGGUGCGCUUGUGGGAUGUUGGCGAAGGACGUUGUCGGGCCCAGUUGAGUUUUGGCGCAGGUGGAGCAUCCCACUUGGCGUGGAGCAAAGAUGGCAGGUGCUUGGCUGCGGCCUCUUCGAGUGGCUUGGUGAAAGUGUGGGACUUGGGCCUCGGAGAGGCAGUGCCUGUGAACUCGGCCCGUCUGCAAACCACCGCCCUGCUGCACAUAAGGUACCGUCUCAACCAUUCUUUACACGUUGUCGGUGCGAUUCCGUGAUAAUUCUCCAAACUCGUGCGUUAUUUUGACUUAAAAAGUGAAAACAAAUUGAAGAAGUGAACUGCGUGAUAGCUCAGGACAUAAACGUGCUUAAAAAACUUUUCCACUUGUGAGAGAAACUACAGACUCGGCGGCCAAUAGAAAUAAAAACGACCCUUUUCAUUAAA